AGACAUACACGUCAAUGUAUAUAGGCUUAUAGCAUUUAUUGUCAGAUAUUGCCAGUGACACCAGUCGAAAAUGGAAUGGCUUGAAACAGGAGAUGUAUCAACUAAAUUUGUUGAUGAUGAAGGAAGACCGACGCAUUCAUCAAAAGAACAAAAAGGUGUAGAACAUGUCGUAAUGAAGAAAUACAAAGACUUUGAAGAGUUCUUGGAUGUUGAACCAGAAGCUGUCUUGCACACUGAAACUCAUAUUCCUUAUUUGUUUCGUGGGUUGGAACAUCUUUCAAAAUCCUACCAGUGCCUGGAUUCAAGUCGGCCAUGGUUGUGUUACUGGAUUGUUCAUAGUUUAAGUUUGUUGAAUCAUCCUAUACCUGAUGAAAUGAAAUCCCGCAUAUGUAAGUUUCUAUCAAAAUGUCAGAACAAAGAUGGUGGUUUUGGUGGUGGCCCUGGUCAAAUGUCUCACCUUGCACCCACUUAUGCUGCAAUUAAUUGUCUUUGCUCAAUUGCAACCAAGGAGGCUUACUCUGUCAUAAACAGGAAAUCAUUGCUAAAAUUUCUGUGGUGCAUGAAACAAAAAGAUGGAAGUUUCACAAUGCACAAGGGUGGUGAAACUGACACAAGAAGUUUGUAUUGUGCUGCUUCUGUUGUUGCGUUGACUGGAAUGAUUGACACAGUUGUGAAUUUGUUUGAUAACUCGCCACAGUGGAUUGUAAGUUGCCAAACAUAUGAAGGAGGAAUAGGUGGUUUUCCAGGCACUGAAGCGCAUGGUGGUUAUACAUUCUGUGGAUAUGCUGCGCUUGUUAUUCUUGGUCAUACAAAGCUUAUAGAUGCUGAUAAACUUCUUCGAUGGGUGGUCAAUCGACAAAUGAGAUUUGAAGGAGGGUUUCAGGGUCGGACAAAUAAACUGGUUGAUGGAUGUUAUUCAUUUUGGCAAGGAGGUAUAUUACCUCUGCUUCACAACUUGGUUAUGGAAGAUGCUCAUUUAAAUUCAGACUCGCAACCAAAUAAUAAUAGUUGGUUAUAUAACCAAGAAGCUCUGCAGUUCUAUGCCUUGCUUUGUUGUCAAAGUUCUUUUGGUGGUUUAUUGGAUAAACCUGGAAAAUCGCCCGAUUACUAUCAUACUUGUUAUGGACUCAGUGGUUUAUCAACUGCUCAGCAUUGCCCAAGCCUACAUCCAGUUAACAUUGGUCCUGUAUCUAACCAACUGCAAGCCAUACACCCGGCAUUCAACAUAACAUGCACUGCAGUGAGAUCAGCCCUUGAACAUUUCAACAGUUUGACCUUUUCACAGGAAUGAUAAAACUGAAAAAUCCCUUAUUAUACCAAAAACUUUAAACAAUCUUCUUUGAUAAUUAUGUGGCUGUAUGUUACAUUGUUGAACUGAAUGUUGUGAAACUACAAUGCAUGACCACAAUUUUUACUUAUCUGGUCUGUUCAAGUACAAAAUUAAAUAUAUUUGUUUUGUUGUUUUUCGCUUUAAUGGUAAACACUAUUCCUUCAUCAAACCGUGUAAUGCUCU